GAGACAACAACAGAGCAACAUGGUGGAAGACGGAGGAGCCUCCUCGGUGGUGGUGCUGGUGGAGGCGGACGAGUACAAAUGGACAGAUGUGGACACAGAGACCCUCAUCAGAUGGCGAUCCGCAAAUGACUGUCUUUUCAAUGGGCGACGAAACGCGGCACGGAAGGGUUUUGAGGUGUACGUCAGCGAGCACGGUCUGGUGGGAAGAGUUGAGCCCAACAAAGUGAAGAGGAAGUGGGAAAACCUCAAACAAAAGUACAGGGAACUAAAGACGUCCAGGACGGGCGUGGGCAUGGAGGGGGAAGAGACCACGGCUACUUCCUGGAAGUGGUUCUCCCUCAUGGACGAGGCUCUGAGCCGCCGACACAGCAUGGUGUCCCCCGUCCUGGUGGACGCUUCGUCCAUCCAGGACAUGUUCGUGGUGUCUCCUCUGUCCUCCUCCAACAUACACUCUGGGCUGGAAAACCAGGCCAAGCGCAGGAGGAACCCAGACUGGGUGAAGAUCCUGGAGAUGUCCGACAGCGACGACGUCAGGAAGAAGCUCUGUCAGGACAGAGAGGAGGUGAAGGAGAGGGCAGCGCUGGACAGGGAGGAGAAGAGGGAGAGGGAGCGGCUCGAGAGGGAGGAGAAGAGAGAAGAGAAGAGGGAGAGGGAGCGCUUGGAAAGAGAGGAAAAGAGGGAGAGGGAGUGGCUGGAACGGGAGGAAAGGCGGGAGAGAGCGUGGCUGGAACGGGAGGAGAAGAGGGAGAAAGAGAGGGUGGACAGAGAGGAGAGGAGGGAGCUGCAGUGGAGGGAGUGGAUGGAUAAGAGGGACAAGGAAACUGCAGAAAGAGAGGACAGGAGACAACGGGAAUUCAUGACGUUUAUAGAAAAUGUAUUUAAAAAACCAUGUUAAAAUAAAAAGGUCAAAAUUGAAUUUUCCUUUU